AGAAGAAGCUUGUUCUUGGGGAAUCCUGUGUUUGACCAAAGCCAUGUUUUUGGAGUAAAGAGUGCGGGGAAACUGCGGGGAAGCUGCGGGACAGCCGGAGGACUACGGUGUUAGCAGGACGUCAAGGUGCUGAUGUGACCCCUGAGAAGGACCCACAAUGACCUCUCCAAGUCCACUGCUCUGUCAUCCUGUGGCGUCUCUUCCAAACGGGACGUCACACGCGCAGGAAGAUGAGGACGAUGAAGACGAGCAGGGGGAGAAGUUUGAGUUUGACGAUGAGGACGACGUGGAGCCUCCACAGAUGAGUUCUGUCUCUACAAAAAGCGACUUGACCACAGAAGGGUCGAAGGUGACGACGCAGGGCGUGAACGGAAAGAGCAACGAGCCCUCGCCGUACCCACAGCACUGCUCCGGUAUGGAGGUCAGGGAGUCGCCCGAGGGUCGUUCCACCUCCUCUGACCUGGGAGUGACGGGAGACUCUGAGAGUUUCUGGACGGGGAGCUGUAUCUAUGAAGGAAAGGAUUCUUUAAUGCCUGAAGGCGGUCAGGACGAGUCCAGCUGCGCAGUAAACGGGUGCAGCCCACAUCAGGACCCCGCUGAGGACGAGGAGUCCUCUUCAGUCCGUCCUCAGACUGAACCUCACCCUGCAGACGUAGAAGGACUGAAAAACACGACCACGGUGACCCCCUGCAGCCCGGACGCCGUGUUCAGAGACCCCGAGGUGGUUUAUGAUGAUGUGCCUGCAGAGGGCCUGCAGCACCCGAUGGAAGAUGUCGACGAUAUCUACGAGGACAUCCAGAGACCUGAUCACCACCGCAGCUCCAACGGCUGGAGCUCCAGUGAGUUUGAGAGUUACGAUGAGAUGUCUGACAGCGGCAGUGUUUCUCCAACCGCACAAAGCAGCAGCAAGCUGCCUGCAGACGUGUUGAGGCUGAAGGAGCGCUGUGCCGUCACCAAGAAGGAGCUGGCUGUGCGUCUCAGUACUCCUCAUGUUGCCAACAUCAAACAGAGCUGUGACACUAAGGUGCAGCAGUUGAUGAAAGCAGCGAGGAAUGGUACCAAGGACGGUUUGGAAAAGACAAAGUUAGCCAUGAUUCGCAAAGUGUCCUUCCUGCAGAGAAAGGACUCCACAGCCGAUGGAAAGGAUGAUGCAGGUUACAUGGACGUGUCUGUGUGUGAAUUAAAACAUCCUCCACCUCAGCUCAGCCCCAUGCCAGAGGGACUCAGCAGUCAGCAGGUCGUCAGACGUCUCAUCCUCAGCUCCAUCGUGCAGAGUGAGAGCAGCUACCUGGACUCCCUGAAGAGAAUCCUCCAGGAGUACCAGAAGCCGAUGAUGGAGCCUCAGAACUGGAUCCUGAGCCCCAAGAAGGUCCGUCAGAUCUUCUACCGCCUGCAGGAGAUCCAUCAGUGCCACUCCAUGUUCCAGAUCGCGCUGGCGUCCCGCGUGGCCGAGUGGGAUCACAGCGAGAAGAUCGGAGACCUGUUUGUCGCCUCGUUCUCAAAGUCCAUGGUGCUGAACGUGUACAGCGACUACAUCAACAACUUCACCAACGCCAUGGCUCUGAUCAAGAAGGCCUGCAUGUCCAAACCUGCUUUCCUCGACUUUCUCAAGAAGAAGCAGGCGACCAGUCCAGACAGAAUCACUCUGUACGGUCUGAUGGUCAAACCCAUCCAACGCUUCCCUCAGUUCAUCCUGCUGCUGCAGGACAUGUUGAAGAACACUCCUAAGUCGCACACCGACCGGCUCCCCCUGCAGCUCGCGCUCACCGAGCUCGAGACGCUCGCAGAGAAGCUGAACGAACAGAAGCGUCUGGCUGACCAGGAGGCGGAGAUCCAGCAGUUAGCUCACAGUGUCGGGGACAGAAACCUCAACAAGCUGCUGAACUCGGAGCAGAGGCAGCUGAUCCAGUGCGAGCUGCUGACUGAAAUCGUGUACGGGGACAAAGGUCAAGUCAUCAAGUCCAAGGAGAGGAAGGUGUUCCUCCUCAACGACACGCUGAUCUGUGCCAACGUCAACCUGAAGGGUCCCCCCGACAUCAGCAGCCUGGUCCCUGUGGGUCCUAAGUACACGGUGAAGUGGUGCUCCCCCUUGCUGCAGACUCAGGUGGUGGAGGUGGGACAGGACAGUCUGCAGAACAGAGAGGGAGUCGUCACAGUCAGGAGGCACAACUCCACCUCCAGCACCUUGGGUAAAGUGUUCCUGGGUCCUCCUCGGCUGUACCAGGACCUGGAGGAGCUGCAGCACGACCUGGGCGUGGUGGAGGAGGUGUCGGUGCUGGUCAGCACGCUGCAUGGAACCUACCAGAAUCUGAACACCACCGUGUCUCAGGACUGGUGUCUGGCUCUGCAGAGACUCAUCCGCCUCAAGGAGGAGGAGAUCCAGAACGCCAACAGGUGUCGCCUACGUCUGUCCGUGCCGGGGAAACCCGACAAAUCCGGUCGUCCUGUGAGCAUCAUGGUGGUCUUCAACACGCCCAGCCCGCUCACUAAGAUCUCCUGGGUGAACCGGCUCCACCUCGCCAAGAUAGCCCAGAGACAGGAAAACACUCCGGGCUGGGAAUGUGCAGAAGAAGAAACCAAGACAAAAGCUCCGUUCACUUUACCUCUGUUGACCUGCACACUUCCUGUUUUCUCCCCCAGAACGCACACGCUCAAGCUGGAGGCGGCUCUCCACAGUCCGUCUCAGUCCAGUCUGCUGGGUUUCUGCACGGCCAGCACGUCUCUACCUCAGGGUUACCUCUGGGUUGCUGGUGGAGGAAGCAGCUCAAACCACAGCGGUGAGGUGGAGAUCUUCUCCCUGAACCGAUCGGCUCCUCGUCUGGUGAAGACCGUCCCUCUGAGGGCCCCCGUCCUCUGUUUGGAGUACGUGAAGGAGCCCAGCGCCUUCAUGGAGGAGAGGGAGGCAGAGAAAACACAAAGUGCGGCUAAGAUCGGGAACAUCAUCUGUGUGGGUCUGCAGGAUGGCAGCAUCCAUGUUUACAGCAGCGUGGACACAGCCGUGCAGUGUCUGCUGACCUUGGUGAACCCCGACAGCUGUCCCGUCCUCUGCCUCAAACACUCGCUGUCGUUCCUCUUUGCCGGCCUGGCCAACGGCAAAGUAGCCGUGUACCACAGGAAGGCUGGAGAGAGACUGUGGGACGUGGACUCCUGCAGGCUGGUCUCUCUGGGCUCUGAGCCAGUCAGCUGUCUGCUCACGCUUGAAGACUCUGUGUGGGCCAGCUGUGCAAACCACGUGACAGUCAUACAAGGAUCCAGCCUGCACAUACAGAGUUUUGAAGCCCGCCCUGACCCCGGCUGCAGUGUCAGCCACAUGGUGCGUUCAGGAGGAGGGGUGUGGAUGGCCUUCUGCAGUGGCUCCUCCAUCCACCUGUUUCACACAGAGACCCUGGAGCCUCUGCAGGAAGUCAACAUCUCCACCCGCACCGCCCUUCUGACCCCAGGUCAGGUUUGUGUCUCCAGCUUGUUGAUCUGUCAGGGUCUGCUGUGGGUGGGGACGAGUCAGGGAGUCAUCCUCACCUUCCCUGUGCCCACCCUGGAGGGGAUCCCAAAGAUCACAGGUAAAGGGAUGACGUCUCUGAACGCUCACUGCGGUCCGGUCGACUUCCUGGUGUCGACGACCAGCACUCUGGCCUCUGACCUCCUCAGACGGGACUCCAUGCUGAGCAGCAGCGAGGAGUCGGCUCCAGGAGACGGACGGGGAGGAGGAGGAGACGAAGCAAGGCAGAGGAUGGAGCACAGCAGCUCCCCUCAGGACCCUGAAUCCCCUCCACCGGGGGAGGAGAAGCCAAAGCGUCUCCUGCUGCAGUACCGCCUCUACUCCACCUGCCAGCUGCCCGGGAAGCUGCUGACAGCGCUGCCCGAGCAGGGGAGCUCCAGGUCCUCGCAGGACGCCCUGGAGCACAGCCCGGAGGACGGCUCCAUCUACGAGGUGAGCGAGGACCCCGACGUGUGGGUGAGGGGGAGGCCGGUGGAGUGGGGGAAGGAGGCGGAGACCAAGAGGAGUAAGGUCACGUCGACAGCCAUCUUCUCUGGUGGCAGAGGUCACAGACGGAUCGGACAAAAGGCCUCGCCUGAAGCAUGCUCGAAUGCUGCUGAGAACACUCUGCUGGUGUGGCAGCUCCCUCUGACGCUCAGCCAAUGACGCACGAGCACGUUGGAACAGUAAGUCACUGUGGUUAAAGACUCAGCUGUUGUUCUUCUGCGGCCAUUGUUUCAGCUACAUUCAACAUGUGAGCCAAAGCCGAAGGAGCUACAGACACCUCGACUUUCAUAUUGAGUUAAACACCAGAAAAAAAACCUGGACCUGUUCGAGGUUUGUGACGGUUUAACAAAGUGACCUCAGCAAGGUGACAUAAAAGCUGAAUGUAAUUUGUGAAUUCAGAAGCUACCUCCAGUUUAUUUGGGAAAACUUGGAAGACUGAAAAAUCUUCAAUGUUUAGUCCAGAUCGGAUCCAACGCAACUGUAUCGACAUCACGCAUGUAGCAGGUGGAAGAUGUAGUUUAUAUGUGAGCCUCUUCUUUUUGUGCAUGUCAAUAAUAAUAUUAAACAUUUAAUCUGCGAGAAAGAGAGAAGUCAAACUCCCUCUGGGUUUGUUGUUUUAAGCUCUGUGUUAACAGCUCCCAGACCGAGGGAUAAGCUGCUUCUUUGUGCGGCUUUAAGAAGCUCAAACAUUUCUUUUUUUCUUCCUGUUAACCCCUCCCCCUCCACCCGUUAUCCCUGUCACCACAUUGGAGAAGAGAGAUGGCCCCGCCCACUCAGGGAUGCCGUGUUUAGGAGCAUUAUGAGGGAGUGGGUCAUUAGAGUACAACUAAAGGAAAACCAAGCUGAAGAAAAGAUUGUGUCUGCCCAAAAGGACAAACAGAUAAGGCGCAGGUAGCCUAGUGUUUAGUGCACGUGCAUUAUGUACGGAGGCUGUAGUCCUCUAGGCAGGCGGCCCAGGUUUGAAUCCGGCCCGUGGCUCCUUUCCUGCAUGUCAUUCCUCACACUUCCUCCCUGAUGUCCGACUCUGUCUGCUGUCCUGCCUCACUAAUGGAGGCAUAAAAAGCCCAAAAAUAAACCUUAAAAAAAAAACAGAUAUCGACCACAUCAACUUGAAAUUGAGGCAGAAUCUUGAGGCAGCGGUUUGUCUGCCGCUCACUUGCUGGUGAAACAGGUGAGGCGCGGGGGUAGCGUGUAGACAGGAGGAGCUGAGGGACAAAGGAGGCGUGUCCAAAGAGAGCGAAAAAUCUGCUCUAAAAGUCGCAUAGUAAGCCUUGAAGGUCACUCUCAUGUACUUCCACCCUGCACAGUAUUUACUCUCACCACUUACACUGGUACUACUUCUUUCAGUUCUUCACUUUUCAUGCAGAUGGUACCUGCUAUAUGGAGGCAGGGGGUCUUAGCGGCACUGAUUGAAACCGCCCUGUGAAGCCUGUGUUUGUGUCUUUGACAUCUUCAGACACAUGCAGGGAUUUGAUUUAAUAUGAGAUUCUUUAGUAACAUAAAAGUAUCGUUUGUGUGCAAAUAAGAAUCUCUCAGUCCUUGCAAAGUGGUACUGCAGACUGCUGAAGGUUGGCUUCAGCAGAGCGUCCCAGUGGGACGGUUGUCUGGGUGAUAUCAGUGUUUUGAACCUCGUCGUUGAAUAUCGGCUCGGAUCAACAUGAAUCUUUGCUGAAUGAUCCCAGAAAGUGUCAGGUGCUACCCGUUUAGCUGAGUGGAGUCGAGAACUAUACUCUGCAGAGGCAUUAGUACAUUAAAGGGGUCAUAUUAUGCUUUUUCUGGUUUUAUAUGCUCUUUAGUGUGUUUUCCAAGUGUCCUGUGCAUGUUUA